AUGUUGAGCACUCAUAAAGAGAAAUUGAGAACCAAUCGCCACACACUCUGCAAGGAAUUAGUUGUUGAUGAAUUGCUGCAAGAAUUAAUUGGAGAGGGAAUAUUUAAUGACAUUCUUGCUGAUAGAGUUCUUUCGCAUCAAAGGGUUUUAAAAAAAAAUGUUGAGUUUUUAACCCUGCUGCCAGGACGUGGUCCUAAUGCUUUUAAUGCUUUUCGUAUUGCACUGAUAAACAGUGACCAAUCUCAUUUGGCUGAAUUGUUGGAUCCUGCACAGGGUGUGUCACAACCAAAUGAAAGCAACGCAAAUGACGGUUCGGGAGGACCUGAACUCUCAGCUUCUAUUUUCCGCUUUGAAAGCAUUGCAACAGCGAACUCAAAUCUUCCUGGUACCAGUGGAACAUCAGCACCACUAUCCCGCCGAAGGCCAAUGGAGAACACUGAUCAAAGUUCUAUCUAUCUAUCCCUGCAUCUUCUCAGGUCAUCUAUGCAAAUCAGGAAACACCACCUAAAAGAAAUCGUGAAUCCUCAUCUUAUAUAG